UAAUCGCCGCAUUUCACUUCUCUAUCAAACCCUCAACACUCUCACAGCUCGCUGCUCUCUCAAUUACUCAAACCCUAGCAACCAUGUCAGAAAGACCAGGAGGAGGAGAACGCGGAGCCUUCCGCCGUGGCUUUGGCGAACGUGGAGGCCGUGGAGAUCGUGGAGGCCGAGGACGUCGCCGCCCCCGCCGCGAGGAGGAAGAAAAAUGGGUUCCCGUAACAAAACUCGGCCGUCUCGUAAAGGAAGGCAAAAUUAGAAGCCUAGAGCAAAUCUACCUCCACUCACUCCCAAUCAAAGAGCACCAGAUCAUCGACACUCUGGUCGGACCGUCUCUCAAGGACGAGGUCAUGAAAAUCACCCCGGUUCAGAAGCAGACCCGCGCCGGUCAGAGGACCCGUUUCAAGGCGUUUGUUGUCGUGGGUGACAGCAACGGACACGUUGGCUUGGGCGUUAAAUGUUCCAAGGAAGUUGCGACUGCUAUACGUGGCGCAAUUAUAUUGGCUAAGCUGUCGGUUAUUCCGGUGAGGAGAGGGUACUGGGGAAAUAAGAUUGGGAAGCCGCAUACGGUGCCGUGCAAGGUGACGGGUAAAUGUGGAUCUGUUACUGUGAGGAUGGUUCCUGCUCCACGUGGUGCUGGGAUUGUUGCUGCGCGAGUGCCCAAAAAGGUCUUGCAGUUUGCUGGGAUUGAUGAUGUUUUUACUUCCUCUAGGGGUUCUACUAAGACCCUUGGAAACUUCGUCAAGGCCACCUUUGACUGUCUUCAAAAGACCUAUGGUUUCUUGACUCCCGACUUCUGGAGGGAAACCCGCUUUACCAAGUCUCCUUUCCAGGAGUACACCGAUCUUUUGGGUAAACCAACAAAAGUCUUGAUCGAAGAUGUGGAGAGGCACGAUGCUUGAUUCUUCAAGGCUGUUUGAGUUAAAGAUUGAGAAUAUAGCGCAAGGAUUUCAUUAAAUGUUAUUACUGUUUAGGUUUUGAAGACUAUAAGCAUGUUAUCAUUUUGUUUUCAAGGUUUUGUUUAAGAUUUUUGGAUUCAGUAAUAACUUUUGUUUUGUUCAUGAAAUUGGGCUGUUUUCUUUUGUUA